AUGGCUCCGAUUCUAUUUGACUCCAAUCACUUUGAUUCCAGUCCUGCACCCGCUCCUAUCAAACCCCCAAUCGAUGUUGUGCCUCCGUCGGUCGUGGACCUCACUCUCUCCCAGCGUCCUCGGCAUCUCCUCCAGCUCAUUGAGGCUUUGGAUGCCCCUGCUACUGUCAAAGAAGAUCAUCCCGAUAUUCAGAUCCAGCGUCUGCUCCAGCUAGCCUGGGUGGUGACGGCCCGCGCCUUUGCCUCUUCAACCACGCUCCACCUUGGCGAACAGUAUGUUAAGGGGCAAUGUUUCGUGGGGGAGGCAGCCGGCGCUUGCUCGGGGCCAGUAGCCCAGGUUCAUCUCGAUCCCCUGGACACCGUGCAGGGUCUUUUGAGGCACAUUUCCAGCAGUCUGGUAUCAGUGUCAGGCAAUCUUGCAAAUCGUCAUGUAUCGCAGGACAAAGAUGCUGGGUAUAACUCGACCAUCGUCUAUCAGAGACUUCCGGCUACGCGCAUAUCUGGGCAGAGGUCAUGCAUGGGCCGGUGCCAGGUCUGUUGCCCGAUGCCCAUUGCCGACUUGGAGGCUCUGGAACCAUACUCGGCAGGGCUUCGAAUCUAUAUCAGACAUACUCCAGAUGACCGACUGCACGCCCAGCUCGAUGUUGGCGAGACCUCUGUGGCACUACCACUGGCAACAAGCCUCCUUCACAGUUUCAAUCAGGCGUUGUUGUCCUUGGUCGAACUACCCUCGCAGAGCUUUGGCGGCGUUGAUAUCUGCGCACCGCAUGAUCGAGACUAUCUUACUCGGUUUACCCGUCUUCCCGCGCCAGCUCAAGACGUCUUGCUUCACGAUCUCUGCCUACGACAUGUGAAGACUACGCCCGAUGCUCCUGCCGUCCGCUCGUGGGAUGGCGACUUGACAUACUACGAGCUCAAUGACUUGACCUCUCGAUUGGCUCAUUGGCUAGUUGGUAAGGGUGUGGGCCGGGGAGUAUUUGUUGCCUGUGCCUUCUACAAGUCCACAUGGGCCAUUGUGGCUCGACUCGCAAUUCUCAUGGCCGGGGGCGCUUACAUCUGCGUCGAUGCCCACGAUCCACCGCCAUAUCUGGCCUCGGUCCUGGAGCGAACCCGGAUGAAAAUUAUGUUGACGUCUGAAGGUUACGCGGAGAGGUUUGCGGACCGGAUGGAAGCCCAAUUUGAAGUCAGUGAGGCUUCCCUUCAAGCACUGCCAUCGCUGCCUGGGGUAGUUCCAUGCUCCACAACCAGGCCCACUGACCCCUGCGUGGUUCUGUUUACUUCCGGGAGUACUGGGAAGCCCAAGGGGAUUAUCCAGGAGCACCGGAGCUACGCGUCCGCGCUGACGGACUAUAUACGUGUGAUGGGCAUGGGGCCGCAUUCGCGUCUAUUCCAGUUCGAUGCCUAUGCGUUUGACAUCAGCAACAACGACUUCUUGGCUCCUCUCAUGGCCGGUGGCUGCUGCUGCGUUCCGACGACUUCGCUUUCCAUGGAAGCAUUAAUGGUGGACUUGAACGACCUGCAAGCCAACUUCAUGUUCGUCACUCCUUCGGUAGCCAUAGACAUUGAUCCCGACCGCGUUCCCACCCUGCAGACGAUGUGCAUUGGCGGAGAACCGGUCUCAGACGCCGUACUCUCUAAAUGGCUGCACCGCGUCCGCGUCAUCAAUCAAUACGGCAUGGGCGAGGUGGCGUCUCUCUGCGCGCACAACCCAAAUCUUUGUAUGGGUCGUGGAGCUGUGGUUGGGCGUCCGGCCAGUGGGGCAAUCUGGAUUGUUAGUCCUGACACUCCCGAUCAACUGAUGCCCGUCGGAGCUGUGGGCGAGGUCCUCGUAGAGGGCCCGCAUAUUGCUCGAGGGUAUUUGGACAAUGUAUCCGGGAAAGCAGAGAACUUCCUUGCCUCGCCGCCGUCCUGGAUGGCACAGCUCCACACCGACAGACCACCCUACCGCCUCUAUCGGUCCGGGGAUCUGGGCCGGUACAACCACGACGGCACCGUCGAGCUGAUCGGCCGAAAGGACACGAUGCUAAAGCUAGACGGGGCCCGAGUGGAAGCAGGCCAGGUGGAAUACGUGCUGCGCCAGCAUCUGUCAACAGGCGACGCAGCCGUAGUCGACGUCCUCGGCGUCGUGGACGGCGUCAGCGAUCCGAUCCUGGGCGUUUAUCUGUAUCUGGCCAACAGCCCCAUGAACCUCGACAACGGGCCCGUUGAAGACAUGCAGUUUAGACCGAUCAGCGAGCACCAUGCUAUACAUGCCCUCACGCAGAGGUUGACGGAGGCUGUUCGCCAGAGUCUGCCUAUGUACUAUGUGCCUAGCCUGUUUCUGCUCAUUGACCGAUUGCCGCGCACGAAAUCCAAAAAGACGGAUCGGCGCAAGCUGCAUCUUCUGGGGCAGUCUUAUUAUGUGGCGCAUCGUGAGGAGCUAAGGGAUAUCACUGUCUGGCCGGACUGGGAUUAG